GCUCCAUUGCGGAAGCCGAACCUCGCCAUAUUGUGGUGCGGCGCUGCCGGCGGCGGCUGGGGCCCUCGGUUGCCCUGCGUCUUCCUCUGGCUGCUGCGGCGAGCGGACCCCGCGAAGGCUCGGGGCGGGCGCCGCAAUGUCCCAGGCUGUACAGACAAAUGGAACUCAACCUUUAAGUAAAACAUGGGAACUAAGUUUAUAUGAAUUACAGCGAACACCUCAGGAAGCAAUAACUGAUGGCCUGGAAAUUGUUGUAUCACCUAGAAGUCUACAUAGUGAAUUAAUGUGCCCAAUCUGUUUGGAUAUGUUGAAGAAUACUAUGACUACAAAAGAGUGUUUACAUCGCUUCUGUGCAGACUGUAUCAUCACAGCCCUCAGAAGUGGGAACAAAGAAUGUCCUACUUGUCGGAAAAAGUUAGUUUCCAAAAGAUCACUAAGGCCAGACCCAAACUUUGAUGCUCUCAUCAGUAAAAUUUAUCCAAGUCGUGAUGAAUAUGAAGCUCAUCAAGAGAGAGUAUUAGCAAGGAUCAGCAAACACAAUAACCAGCAAGCUCUCAGUCACAGCAUUGAAGAGGGACUGAAGAUACAAGCCAUGAACAGGCUGCAGCGAGGCAAGAAACAACAGAUUGAAAAUGGCAGUGGAGCAGAGGAUAAUGGGGACAGUUCACACUGUAGCAAUGCGUCAACACACAGUAAUCAAGAAGCAGGGCCUAGUAACAAAAGGACCAAAACAUCAGAUGAUUCUGGAUUAGAACUUGAUAACAACAAUGCCACUGUGGCCAUAGACCCCGUCAUGGAUGGUGCUAGUGAAAUUGAAUUAGUUUUCAGGCCUCAUCCCACCCUCAUGGAGAAAGAUGACAGUGCACAGACAAGAUACAUAAAGACUUCAGGUAAUGCCACUGUUGAUCACUUAUCCAAAUACCUAGCUGUGAGAUUAGCUUUAGAAGAACUUCGGAGUAAGGGAGAAUCAAACCAGAUGAACCUUGACACAGCAAGUGAGAAACAGUACACAAUUUACAUUGCUACAGCCAAUGGACAGUUCACUGUAUUAAAUGGUUCUUUUUCCUUGGAACUGGUCAGUGAGAAAUACUGGAAAGUGAACAAACCAAUGGAACUUUACUACGCACCAACAAAGGAGCACAAAUAAGCUUUGGAAAGAUGGCUUUGAAAAUGAACUUUUUUUUAUAGCUCCGAUUUCUUUAAUAUUAAAGAUGCACCAUCAUUGUUUUCAUGGACAUAAUCUUGGAUUUGCGUUCAGUUUCCUUGCUGAGCCAGACUUGUUUACACUAUUAGAAUUCGUGUUUGUUUGUUUCUUAUUUAAGCUUUUCUUUUUCAAAGGGACUGAAUGAAGCUAUCCAGUGCAUUCUUUUGAAAUUGUCUAAAUUGUGUGUCUUUUCACUGACGGAGCAAUGGAUCCCUUUGAGGCUCUCAUCUGGCAAAGGAAGAUUUAAUGGGUCUUCAUACUUAAUGGCAACCUUUAAUUAGUGUUUUUUUUCUCUCGGAAGUUUUUUUUUAAAACUAAAGAAUGUUACGGUUGGUUUAUGGUGAUAUUUUUGCUAGCUAAGGAUAUUAUAAUUGUGAUUAGGGUUUUUUUUUUUUGAGGAACAUAUACAAUUUAGAAUAUAAUCUUCCUGAUGACCUGAUUUAUUUAUUAUAGUCCUAGGCAAAAUAGGUUAUCUUUGUGAAGAUCAAGGCUUAAUAAAUGUGCUUAAAAUUUUCGUUUCAUGGGAUUCUUUUUAUUAUAUAAAAUUCUUAGCUAGCAUUUUUGUUUAAAAAUUGGUGUUCCUUAUUUUACUGUCAAGCAGUGACAUUUUAUUUUUACACUUUUCUUCCUGUACCAGCCUUAGAUUUCUUGCAAUAGUUUGUGAAUUACACAAAUCAACAUUAUAAAGAGACACUGGUAUAAUAUUUGCAAAUCUUACUAGGGGUGGGAGUUAAAUUAGCCCUAAAUAGAUAGUCCUUACAUGUAAAACAUAAGGGAUCACUUUUUUUAUCAUAACUGAAACAUCUUUUUUGUCCCUUGUGACAGUCAUUUUUUUAUAGUAUUUGAUAACCCUCUUGUAAUACCAGAGAUUCUGGGAUAUACUUACUUGCACUUUAAACUUGAAAAAUACUGUACUAUUUCAAUAAACUGCCCUCACUUCUUUUUUGUGGCUAUAAGUUUUGAGAACAGCAUGAUACUGACAGAAGUUUGAAAAGUUUGUAUUUAUCAUUUUGUUUUCUAACUUAACCCCAGUGGUUUUUGUUGUUUUUUUGGUUGCUAGAGCAUAAUUUGCAAUUCUGAUUGAGCCACAGAAAAGUAUGUUAAACCCUCCAAAACUCAAGCCCAUUUCUGCUAGAGUACAGAAUGCUUUGUUAAGAGUAAGUAGCACCAUCUAAGAACAAGUUGCGCUUUGCUUUUCUUAAUUUGGUGCUACUAUAAUAUGAAGUACAGUGUUAGGUGUUUGGGCCAGACACGGCUUUGUACUGGUGGUUGAAAAGAAGGUUUGCAUGUUAUUUCUCAUUCCUGCCACAUAUCCAGGUAUGUUUCUGAGUUCUAGUGUUACAGUAUUUACAGAAAACUAUUCACAUUGACGAAACAAACCCUGUAAGGUUUUGAAAGGAAGAAAGGAAUUCUCUAGUUCCCUUGUAAUUGAAGCUAAUACUUGUAAAUAUUUAGCCGUCCCUUUUGACGGUUGGGGUCAGUUUUAAGUGCUUCAGCUCUACAUGAAAACUCAAUAGUUUUAUUAAAUAAUUUUUUUUUACCAUUUCUUUCUAAUAUUUAAAACCUGUUUUUACAAAAAAAUUUUUUUGUAAUGUGCCAUGAAAUUGAGAGCCACCAAAAUUAAGAGAAAUUUUGUAUUCAGUACCUUUUUUGGUGUAAUGUUCAGUUGUAUAUUAAUGCAUGUCUACUGACUAUAACCUGGGUUCUAUGAUAUAAAUACUUGGGUUUUGUUGGAAAAAUACUAGGUUAGUGGUUGCAUCAAAUAACUAAAUUCCCAUUGUGAUUUUUAAUAGAACUUUAGUCUUAAAGCAAAAGAGGUAUUUGUGAAUUUAAGCUGUGUUUAUGUUUAGAGAAUGUAUGUGUGUGUUCAUAUGUUAGUGUGGGAGAAUGUAAUCUCUUUACACUAUUAGUGAAUUUAUUGACUGUUGUCCUUUACAGAAUAUAAUGUAAGCAUUUGAUAAAUCA